ACUAAAACCAAACAAAUGAUUUGGUUCCACAGCAACCAGCGGCUGGUGGGUAAGAUACUCGUGCGACAGCCCACGGCGCUGUUUCGUCAUCAUCCUAACCCGUUUAGACAACAUGGUGCCGCAGAGCGAAAUUUUUCUUCGCAAGUAACCUGCCCACCUUUGCCCAUGACUCUCUAUCGGUAGCAACGACCUCCAUAUACCUCGUGAUACAACCGGACGGCCAAGCUUCGUGGAGUUUACUCUAACCGCUCCGCAGCAUCCAGCGGAACCAGUCACAACAACCAUCCAUCUUUGCUCCCAGCGAUCGCAGGUCGCGUCGCGCUAUCAAAAGACCAAGGGGUGCUCGACUCGACGUCGGUCGCGCUUCUUAGCGCCACAGAACCGCGCAAAACACACACAAACAUAGCAAAAAAAAAACAAAAAAGAGGUAGGAGCGCGAGCUAGCGCGCCCAGUGCUUCCUCCAAAAUGGGGAAAAAAAGAAGGAAAGCAAGAUCCAUGCCUCUCGAACCGUCGCGCCCGUCUCUUCGCCGCAUCUUUCAGCGGCACGCACAGGCACGCACACACCUUGCCGCCCGUAGCGCGGGUCCGCGCCCCCUUCCCGCACCUCGGGCCGCUCCAGUGGACUCUUCCCGAAAACCGAGGCCAGCGCCGCCGCGGCCGCGUGCAGCGUCGGCGACGGCGGCUGGCGGCGAAACCGACGCGCGCUACUCGCCGCCCAACCAGCGGUGCCGGCUUUUUCGGUCGGGAGUCGCGCGCGCGCGCUCCAACGCUCACUCGCUCGAGUCGCGCACUCGGCGCUGCGCCUCCUCCGGGCAAUGACGCGCAGCACUCGCGCCUCCUCGCGCGCCUCCCCUCGUCGCCUCCUCCCCGGUUGCGCCGCCACCACAGAAGCCGCUCGCUACUCUCACCGUGGCAUCGUCAGCAGCGGGAGCACCGGUGGCUGCACCCCUUGACACGUGAAGAGGUGCGCAGCAAGACACUUCGCCGCAGACGUCGCGCAUCUCCUCUCAAGCUGCGCGACGGAGGAGCGGGCUCUCUAAACACCGUUCUUUGCCACCGUUGGCGAAAGCAGCCGGUGGAGAGUUCCUGAGGUGAACAUCGGAUGAACUUUGGAGAGGAACUCGGCGAUCGACUUCGUCUGUGAACUGAAAGAAUUCUCUUCGUGUUGGCUGGAAGAACUGUUCACCGCUUGAACACUUCAAAAAAAGGAAGCAAAAGCACCGACUUGUGGACUUUCAAGUGCACAGUUCGGCUUGUGCGGCAGGAAAUUUUGACAGGGUCAUCGACAGAGAAAACUUGGACGAAGUUUGCGAAGGCUCAUACGAAAAAAAACAUAGUCGUUGGUGUACUUCAAUAGAGAUUCUCGGUUGAUAAUAAUCAGAAGGAGCAGAGUGGAGAAGACGGUGUCGCUGAAACAAUUUGGUAGUGGUUCUUGCUAUCCGCUGGGUGCGUGUAGUUCCCCCUGCGCUGGGUGCGACGAUGGAUGAGACCUGAGGCUCCGGAUUCGAGUUCUCUGGAAAAGUGAACUUCGGGCUGAGUACUUGACGGUGCGGAACGAGCAAUGCCCGCAUUCUCAUAGGUCCCACCAAUGAGCACUACCAUGAGUCCGAGCCAUCCGAGAGCCAGGAGGUGGAGACGGCCGGCUGAGACGGUGGCCGAGUUGCCUCUGUUGCUUCUGCUGUCGCUGGGCGCCGUGGCGAACGCGUUCUGCCCCAUGCGGUGCGUCUGCAAUGACGACAAGCUCACCGUGCAGUGCGCAGGCGCCGCGCUCGACGUCAUCCCUAUCACGCUGAAUCCCGAGAUUCGCGAACUGCACCUGACGCGCAACAACAUCCGCAACAUCAUGUCCGCUUUCAGCGUGUACCAGCAACUCAAGUUCCUCGACGUGUCCUACAACCAGCUGCGGACUCUGGGAGCAGACAACUUCCCAUUGCCCGAACUCAAAGUGCUUGUACUAGACAGCAACUCGGUGGCCGAGCUAGAAGCCAACACUUUCCGAGGUCUUCGGACCCUCCUAGAGCUGCAAAUGAGACGCAACGCGCUGACUUACGUGCCGUCCAGAGCAUUUCACGACAUGCGCAGCCUAGAGCGACUCGACAUAUCGCACAACCAGGUCACCAGGAUAGACCCGGACGCCUUCGUCGGCCUUCACAGGCUCAAAUCGCUCAUCCUGAGGGACAACAAGCUCAGUCACGUGCCGACGCCCGCUUUCCACCACAUACCGCACUUGCUAGCGUUCGACCUCGGAAUGAAUAGCAUCCCCACCGUUGUCGACAACGCCUUCAGCCAUCUGGUCAGGCUGCGAGAGCUUAACAUGGACCGCUGUUCUACGGCUAUCCUGGAACCGGGCGCCUUCUCCAGCCUCGUUUCACUCGCCACUUUGAGGCUCCAAGACAACGCCUUCGUUGCGUUUCCGACGGACGCGCUUUCCGAUCUGCAUAGACUCGAAGAGCUGCACUUUGGCCGUAACAGCGUGAGGAGCCUCACUGAGGACAACUUCCGGGCGCUCGAAAACCUCAAGCGUCUCUUCAUCGUACGGUCUGAAUAUCUGGACAACAUCAACGAGCGCACCUUCAGCCAGUGUUUGCAACUCGAACAAGUUGUGCUCGAAGAGAACAGACGACUGCGCUACCUGUCUCCGGGAACAUUCACAAACUUGCGCCAGCUCACCAGAGUUAGCCUCAGGGCCAACGGCUUCGAGUCUUUCCACCCGGAUCUGCUUCCCUGGAACCAGCUGUCCUCAUUCGAUCUCCGAGACAACCCUAUAGUGUGUAACUGCAGCGUCAUCUGGCUGUGGGACCUGCUGCGCUCGCUCGACCAGACGGGCAACUGGACCAAUGUCCGCUGCCACAGUCCGACUCACUUGAGCCGCGAACUGCUGCGCAGCUUGUCGCACUAUGACCUGGACUGCGACGGUCGGACGAGGCGGAACAUCCUCAUCGUCGGACUCUCGACCACGGCCAUCUUCGCCAUCGUGGUCCUGGCUCUAGUGCUGUGGUACCGGCGAAAAGUGUCCAGCGUCCUCAAGAAGCAGCUAGACAACGCUAGCCUUCACGACCCGCACCUGGGGCAGUUUCACAAGUCGGAGAGCUCCAUGGCUUUGCCGCCUGCGGCGCACGUCACCUACAACGGGAAAUUCAAGCCGACGCCCCUGGCGUACAUCUAGGACGACGACGGUCGGCGGUCAUGACGCGUGCAAGCAGACGCAGCAACCGCAGCAACACGUCCAUAUCCACCCUCGCGUCGGUGUGCGGACGCUCUCCGAAUCACGACUGUCGUCUUUCUUUAGCAGCAGCAGUGCCGCAGCAGCAACAAGAGGAGCAGCAACAGCUGUCGUGACGCGCUUAUGCGAUGGCUUUGGCGAGCGGGAACGCUUCCUUCUUUUGCAUUCGUGACUAGCACGGUCCGUAGGCUCUUUCUAUACGUUGACGGAAGACGAUCACAGAUAGCGUAGAGUAAACAGAAAAAAAGAGUGGAAAAGAGAGCUAAGAUAGGAAGAUGCGUAUACGCAGCGGGAUGCAGUACACAACAUAUCUCUCAAGGAGCAGCGCUUUAGUUGCGCUUUCUUGUCCCCCACCCCUUUUUUUCCCCCGAAACGCCAGUGCGUGCGGUGCCAACGCCCAUCCCUGAGAGCGGUAUUUUAUGCAAACGCAACGGCGCGCGCAACGCUUUUGUGAAAGACGUGUCGCGCUGUCUCUUUCUUUUCGUACUUUGCCGCGUUCGGGAACGUUGCGGCUUGGAGUGAAAGACAAAAAAAAAAAGCGAAGUGACUUGGAUUCACGGUGAGCGUCACCCUGGCUUCGCUGGCCUCGACAUAUCCAGCAGUUUUUGCCGCUGUGGCAACUCUGUGUUUGUAUAAUCAUGCAGCAUAGAUGUGGACGUACAUACAAGGGAAGCGGAGACACACGGAGAACGCAAGGUGGCAUGUGCAAGGAAGCCCCCGAGACCGAUCAACACGUUUUUGUAUGGUAUCCAGAAUCCCAAGUGAUGCAGACCCAGGCAAGAAGAUCUCGACCAGGCCUUCUCUACAAGUCACCCAUUAUGCAAAAGCAAGAAAAGUUGAUAUUUUUAACGGUGCACAGAGAAUAAAUAGCUUGUGUGCGUGUGCGCUUUCAUUUAAAGUAAAUAGAAAGUAUUAGUUUACCCACUUUCGCUGGAGCUAGUCUUUUUUUUUUAUUGUGUUUAUGCUUCUGCAAGUCGAGAGAAGGUCGUGUGAAGGCCCUUGAUAAGGUUUGAUUCUUUGCAGAAAAUAAAUAAACUUGAGUGAUUUUCAGGGA